AAGGAGGAAGUUUGAUGGUUGCAUAAUUAGCUGGUGUCACUGUCAUUUGCUCAUAGCUUGUUACAUUAGGGAACUGCAGCUGAAACUCGUUCGCUUUAAGCUUACUCCUAUUUGCUCGUGUAAAGUUUGCGUCACAGUUUGAAACCUCAGCUUGGUCUGACACUGAGGCAACUUCCUGCACUUGAAUUAAACGGUGAGAAGUUUUUGAAGCCAUACAAGCCAUUUGAGCUGGAAAGAGCUACCAACCCAACAUCAGCUAAUAGCCAUGACUAACAAGCUCACAUUGCUGCAAUUUCUUUUUCUGCUGACUGUGAGCAGCUUUGUCUCAUGCAGACAUUUACUUGGUGUAGAAGAUCGGAAUGUGCAAAAUACAACAGUCUCCAACUACACACUGCAAUAUAACAAUGAAACUUUACUUCAGCCCACCAGUGGAACUCCACAGACCACAGAGGUAAGAGAAGAACGGUCUGCUGCAGCUCCCGCAACCAGCCAGAAUAAUUCAGAAACGGCCCACGGCCAACCUUCACAGGGAAAUGGAACUUAUGGAAACCUUUAUAACAUUGAUGGAACUGAAACAAACAGCACCAAACACCAGUCAGCAGGUAACGGAAGUUUGGCAGGUACUGAAAGUCCUCCGCAAACCUCACUUCCUGAGAAAAAUGGCAGUUCGGACCCCACGAUGCCAAACUCUGCUCCCACAUUUUCUGCCUCAGUGAAACCUAGAAAUGGAGCGAAUGCCACAAAUCCUGUCCCUACUGUGGUGACGACGCCUCAUGUGAGCACAGAUGGACCUUCAAGAUCAAGAACAACGGUCAAGCCAUUGGUUCCAUCAACCACAGAAUUAAGAACCACUCCGAAUCACACACCAACUAAGCCACAUAGCACCAAAGUUUGUCCUACAGCCGAACCAAAAAGGGAAGGUCUCGUGAGUCGGUGCCUGAUUGCCAUUGCCAGUUUGACUGGUCUAGCGACCAUCUUCAUCAUGACCACCAUCAUCUUAGCCACAAAGUUGGCAGGCAGCAGAUACAGGCAGAGGGCGGGCCUGCUUCAUGAGACUGAGAUGGUCUGUAUAUCUGCCCUCAUGAAUGAUUCCGAUCAUCCCAUUCCCACACCGAAGCACCCUAAAAGCAAUGGCGCACUGAUCCCCAUUACUGAGGAUGAAGACGGUGAUGACCUCACCCUCAACAGUUUCCUGCAUGAUACAGAAGCUAUAGCAUAGAUAUUAGGUUCGUUUUUAUAUGCAAAUCUUAAACCUGACUGGAAAAUCAAAUCAAUCAAGCGUCUGCAUUGUGGAUGAAGAUGGAGUUGAGCUGAUCCUCUUAAUUCUUCCUUCCUUAUGUGAGGUGUGUAUGGUGAAGCCAUUACCACUGGCUCUUUGUUUUAAUCAAGCGUUUCUAUAUUACUGUUAAACAAGACUGAUGCACUUUGUAACCCUGAAUAUUUCUCAGAAAACCAGAGACUCGCAGAACUUGAAUCAUUUCUAAAAUACUUAGUCUCCAGAACAAACUGUGAGAAAAGCCUGCACCAUGGUCUACGCCAAAUUUGUUGUGUACUGAUGCAUAAAUAGAGAUUAGUUUCCUCUGGAGGCCCAACAGAAGCUGGUUGUCAGCACAGAUGAUAAUAUUUGUGUUUGUAAUGGUGUUGCAUAGGAAAUGUGUGAACUUAGACUGACAAAAGAGGAAGCGGAAGUGCGUAUUUAAACAUAGUUGUGCAUCAGUGUGUGACAGAAAAGCUGCCUAUUGAGAGCAACCUUUAACUGUGGCCUUCUUUCUAGCCAAACCGCACCAGAAUGUCUUAAUUCUGAAGCAGUGUGUGGUUGAUCAAUACCCCUACACAUGCAUAUUUAUACAUGUAGAUCAAAUGAACUGCUUUACUCAUGUUUUUUUUAUAGUCCUGUUUAUAAGGAAGCUCUUACUCAGUGGCUGUACAUAAUAGGCUGAAAUAUCAUUUACCGUCAUUUGUAUGUUGUAAUCCACUGUAUUUUUUUUUUUAAAUCACAAGUCAAUUGACUCAUGUAUUUUGCAGACUUGUGUUCCUGUUUCCAGUUGUCUCUUUCGUGAUUCAUAAUUUCCAAACAACAGGUCGGGUGCUGGUUUGUUAUAUGCAUGUGCAAGCGACGUCUUUCUGAGCUUUCUAUUGGUGGCGUGCAUCAGGGCUAGGAUCACAACAUAAAAGUCACAUAAGCAGGUCGCCGUUCAUUAUCAUGGGUCCUUCUUCUUCAUUCAUUCAUCUUCAGUAACUGAUUUUUAUCAUGGUUUAUCAUUUUAUAGUUUAAAUUAUUUUUUGGAACCAUAUAUAUUGGGAAAUAGAACUAACUUGCGAGCAGGUACAAUCCAAAAUAAUAUACUCCGUCAGGGGGAAAAAAAAAACAAAACACUCCCUGCAGGACUAGGUGUUAAAAUGGUCUGAAUUUCUUCAGGAGCCAACUAAAGUGGGAUUAAAGAAACAGUCCCAUGUACACCUCCAGUGUUUUUUAAAAUUAUUAGUAUAAAACAGUUAAGUAGAUCUGAGAUAACAACAGGAGCAGGCACUCUUGCUAAUACAUUAAGCACUUUUUUCCCCCUUUUGGACUCAAAACAUAAGAGCAUCACAUCUUUGCACCAUCAGCCUCAUUUCAUAGAAAAGACCGAUGUAUCUAAUAACAGCCACUUUUAACUUACACAGUCCUUCUAUUUAAAUAAGUGCUUUAUCUUGAUCCGCCAGUCCAUCGCAGGGUGUCUCACACUCAUUCACACUUCAGAGCAAUUUAAAGUAGCCAAUCUAUCAUGUUUAUGGGAGGUCAGAGGAAACCCACACAGUCAUGAGGAGAACAAAACAAAAGUCCACACAGACCGUAACCAGAGCUUAGGAACAAACCGGAGACCCUGGAGCUGUGUCUUCUUUAUUGCUAUAUAUACAGUACAUUUGUUAAUAUUCUCCUGAGUUGUGUAAACAGUGGUGCACAAAAUACUGCAUUUAAAUGGACUGGAAGUGUACGUGACCUUUUUGGUAUACAGGUAAUAGGUUAUAGUAUUAAAACUAUCCUAUUAAAGUGAACUCUGAGUGCAGAGCAUGUUAAUAUUUUCAUUUCUUUACACGUUCCGAAUGAUCCAAAUGUAUGGUUGUAACUGUACUGAUUGUUUUGUAUAGUUAAAAACCUGCUCUAUGUAAUUUACUCCCAUGGAGGGACGUUUGUGCUUUUUAGUCUUUUAUCUUAUUGGAAUUGCUCAUGUGUUGAGCCUUCUGUAGAGAUUUCUUUAUAUUUUAUAUGGUAGCAGACAAAAUGUCAUGGUGGCAUCGAGCAUAAAUUAAAGUCUCAACCUUUUAAAAAUGUUAUUUAUUUAUUUGAAUUUUUUUUUUUUUUUUACAGAUGUCACAAAUGUAUUUUGUUUGUUAUUUCCCAUAACAUAAGAUUUAGAGUUUCCAUGUGUCUAAAAGAUUGCAAAUUCAAAUUACUCUUGGGGUCCUUGAUGAAGAUGAAGACCAAGAACAUUAACUGCUCAUCUGGCAGAUAAAUAAAUAUCAUUUAAAAAUAAGAUGUGUACAGGACAUCUAAUGAUUUCAGUCCUCUGUACAUUUAUGUAUACAGUAUAUAAUAUGUAGUCUAAUGUAAGCUCUACAGAAGGCCUGUAGAUGGGAGGCUUAUUUUAAAACUGGUGCAUACAUGAACUGUGUGUGUGUGUGUGUUUGUGGCCGAGAGGCUGUAAUCUCAAAAGCCUGAUGAGAGAGAGAGAGAGAGAGAGCAGAAACCAGGUUCAGAAAUAAGAGCUACACCCAGCGCCCACAGAGCCUCACCCAUGGGAGGUGUACACCACACCGCACCUCAAACUGAGCCUUCAGUAUGUGGCCUAAAAGACUGAAAAUACUUUUUUUGUUGUUUUUUAAUGAUUCAAUAUUACUGUUAAGCCUGGAGAUGUAUGGUUUUUAUAUAGAGUGCAUAUGCUGCAUGUCCAGACCAGGCAAUGAGAGAUACUGUAUAGUGGGGGAAAUAAGUAUAAGUGCUUUUUCCCAUAAUGAGAUGUUUCUUGUGUGACACCUUGGUAACGAAAAGCCUUUUUUAUAGACCAUCAAUUUACUAACCCAGCAGAUAUUAAUUUGCACAGAUAGGGGGUAUAAUUACUUACGGAUUUCAGCUGGUUCCUUGCAUUACCUUACCUUGGAGAACUCCUUUUUCUUAGUAUGUUCAAUACUUUUUUCCCCGAGUCAUUCCACUUUAAUAAACACAACUUUAUUUAUGA